UGGUACCCUGAGCUGUGCCUAGUGACCAUGGAGUCUUCUCGGGCUAUCUGACGCAGGGUAGAGGGAUAGAAACAUAGAAAUAACUGAGCUACAAACGAUUUUGACACAUAUAGACCCGGAUCUUUUGAAGACUGAAAAUGGGUUCCCGAAUAAAAGGCAAUCCAGAGACAGCGUUUGAAGUUUACGUUGAAGUCACUCAUCCUGGGAGCAGCAGUUCAGAUCCUGAGGUGCGACGGCAGUUCCCUGAUGACUACAGCGACCAGGAAGUGCUACAGACUUUGACCAGGUUUUGCUUCCCCUUCUGUGUGGACAGCCUAACGGUCAGCCAAGUCGGCCAGAACUUCACGUUUGUGCUCACUGACAUUGACAGCAAGCAGAGGUUUGGCUUCUGCCGAUUAUCUUCUGGAGCCAGAAGCUGCUUUUGUAUCCUAAGCUAUCUUCCAUGGUUUGAAGUGUUCUACAAGCUCCUUAAUAUCCUUGCUGAUUACACAGCCAAGGGACAGGACAGCCAAUGGAAGGAGCUGCUGGACACACUCCAUACCCUCCCGAUCCCCGAGCCAGGCGUGCCUGUACACCUCAGUGUGCAUUCCUACUUUACAGUGCCUGAUUUAAGAGAACUCCCCAGUAUACCAGAAAAUAGAAACCUAACUGAAUAUUUUGUAGCGGUAGAUGUCAAUAACAUGCUUCAUCUGUAUGCUAGUAUGCUUUAUGAACGCCGAAUCCUCAUCUGCUGUAGCAAACUCAGCACUUUAACUGCCUGUGUCCAUGGGUCGGCAGCAAUGUUAUACCCCAUGUACUGGCAACAUGUUUACAUUCCCGUUCUCCCACAACAUCUAAUUGACUACUGCUGUGCCCCCAUGCCCUACCUCAUAGGAGUGCAUUCAAGUUUGAUGGAGAGAGUGAAAAGCAUGGCCCUGGAAGAUGUGGUCAUCCUAAACGUAGACACAAACACACUGGAAACACCGUUUGAUGAUCUUCAAAGUCUUCCUAAUGAUGUGGUUUCUUCUCUGAAGAACAGACUGAAGAAAGUGUCGACCACCACGGGGGAUGGGGUGGCGCGUGCGUUCCUGAAGGCCCAGGCAGCUCUGUUUGGCAGCUACAGAAAUGCCCUGAAGAUUGAACCAGAGGAACCAAUAACGUUUAGUGAAGAAGCCUUUGUGUCUCAUCGGUCAAGCGCCAUGCGACAGUUUCUGCAGAAUGCCAUUCAGCUCCAGUUAUUCAAACAGUUUAUUGAUGGCCGCUUGGAACUUCUCAACUCUGGAAAAGGUUUCAGUGAUGUCUUUGAGGAAGAAAUCAACAUGGGAGAAUAUGCAGGCAGUGAUAAAACCUACCACCAGUGGCUCUUUACAGUGAAGAAAGGCAGCGGAGCCAUUAUAAAUACCGUGAAAACGAAAGCGAACCCUGCCAUGAAAACAGUCUACAAAUUUGCCAAGGACCAUGCAAGAAUGGGUAUAAAGGAGGUGAAAAAUCGGUUGAAACAGAAGGAUGUCGCUGAGAACGGCUAUUCCGCGGCGACGGACGAAACACAGCCGAGGCUCACCGCAUCCCCGUUGACGGAGAGGAAGGAGGGCAAACAGAGGGAAGAGCGCAGGCCAAUCACAGUGCAUUUUGGGCAGCCUGAGCAACAGCGGCCCCCCCGGCCUCCCCCUCCAAAGGUCCAGCGUUCCACUCGGCCCGCCCGCCCCUCCAGGCCUCCACUUGUGAAGAGACCAGGGAGCAAUGUGGUGGAUGAAGGGGGAAGGACCUUGGUAUCUAGCCCAGAACACGUGACCAGGCCCACCCGGCACUACACUGUCUUCCUGUCUGAGGACGACUCUGGAGACGAGCUCCAGCCUGAGCGACAGUGUGUCUCAGGCUUCUCUGAGAACUUUCUCUUCUCCGCUCCCUUUGAAUGGCCUCAGCCCUACAAGACGCUGAAGGAGGCUGAUAUUGCAGAGGCCGAGAAGGGGAUGGGCCACACAGCCCCUCCCAGCCCUGUUGCCUCACAGAGGAUCACAGAGAUUAAUCUGCUGGGCGAUAUCUUCAGCACUCUGGACGUGGACUCGGAGAAGCAGCCCCUGAGCCAAGCCAAGAGUCUGGAGGACCUGAGGACCCCCAAAGAGGAGGGACCACAGCAGGUCAAGUUUGGCUAUCAGCGAAUGGACCCAGGUUCAGACAACAGGACCAGAACGUUACCAGGAAUGAAGCAUUCCAAUCCUUACAACAAGCUUUGGAGCGUGGGUCAAGAUGACAUGUCCACCCCCCCCAACACUUCCCUCAGCUCCUCGGAGCGGCCCCUGGCUGUCCAUCCAGCCAUCUCCUCUGAACAGCAGCGCCCCGCGAGCAUAGAGGGCAUGUUGGAGAAGACAGAGCACCUCUCCGGCAGCCAGAGUAACAUUACCAUCCCUCGACCGCAUGGAAGGAGAACCCCAGAGCUGGGCAAGGUUCUGCCCCCGCCAGUUCCAGUGCCACGAGUGGGGAAACACCCACCCCUAGCUGGAGCAGUAGACUCUGGGAAGACUUCAUCCAGCUCUGAUUUAGUCUCUGGGUUCUCACAGGAGAUCUUUGGUACCAAAGCCAGCAGUCAUGAAUUCAGGCAGGCGCUAAACGCGUCACCCUUGCCUAUGGAUUCAAGUGCCCCUGAUAUUAUGAAGCCUAUUAAAGUCAGUUCAGAAAGUGUUGGACCAGUGGACCUCUUAAGUCUUUUAGAUCCGUUGGUCACAGGCGUAGUCUCCCAGAGUAGCAGUCAAGCGCCAAGCCCUGGAAAUGUGUCAGCCCCUACAGUGUCCUCCAGCCCUGCUUUAUUUACCUCUGACUUUAGUUUACCGGCUUCCACGUACAGCCAUCAGCUUGGAUACCCUCCUCCUGGGGUGGCUCGGUUUCCACCGUCAUCGCUCAAUCCAUUUACUAAGCCUGGCCUCCACUACCCUGCAACCGCUCCACCAGGCACCCAUUAUGUUGCCCCUGCACGCAAUCCUUUUAGCUCAAACUAUAUGUCCCCUAACACGCGUUUCUUCCAAGCACCAGCUAGACCUCACUUUGCCACUCCAUCUCUUCCAGGAAUGUUUGGUCAGCCUUCUGCGUUGGGACAAGCUAGCGGAGCUUUUGUUCAUCAGAGCCCAAGCCCAGUGCCGCCCAGCUAUGGACAGGCGAUGGGAUUGGGUAGCACCAGUAGUGGCACCAGCCUUCAUGAGUCUGCCAAAACGUUGCUGGACCACCCUCUGAUCCCCCCAAAGCCAGUCCACGCUAGGAGUGACAGUCCGCUACCCCCGUCCAAGUCGCAAGAGGAGCCACGAGACCCGUUCGAAGAUUUCUUAAAUGUAACAAAGGACGACAUAGUAGUCGCAGGGCAGGGCCGAGUGGUACAGCUAAGAAAGAGAUGGGAGACCUUUGAGUAAAUAACAGGAAGGAUUUCCACAGGAAUAACUAGGACCACAGGCUGGAACUUACAAGACAAAAUGGGAGAGCACUACUGCCGGACAGAACUGGAAUUUAGCUGGCAUUAAGUUUGUAACGAAACAGCUGUCCUACGUUUUCGCUGAUGAUUUAGUAACUAGUGUUUGCCUCUGCUGAGCCACCUUAAAUCCAGUGGCUGUAACGUAUUCUGUUAUGAUAUUUGUAAGGUACCGGCGACUUUUCUCUAUGAUUUGAGCCUUCUUAAACACACACUAUAAGCCCUUUCUUACACAGUGCAAUUCCACCAUGCUCUGCCGUGUUUUUUUUGCUGCCUUUUUGUAUUUGCUGAAAGUGUUGGUUCUUAUUGCCACAGAAGUGGCCUAUACUCACAGUUACUGCUUUGAUGCUGUUCCUCUCUUUUCAACUUGGUUCAGUUUCAUGUAUAUCCGGUAGUAACACUGAAAAGCGCUCUGUAGUUAAGGCAAAGCUCUCUAGUCAAGCUGGGUUUUCUUCACGUUCUGUGCUAGUUUGAUUUUUGUAGAAUUCAAGUUGGCUAAACAUUCAUCACAGUGUACAAAUUAUACCAUACAGAAUUAUUACCUGUUAGUUUUGUAUAUAAGCAUUCAUCAAUAUACAGAAAUGAUUCUCCUGUAAUAUGUUUUGAAGAAACCAGUGUUAUUUGAUGUUUUUCAAUUCAGAUUUAGUUUGUGUUGCUGACUCAAGGUGAUAUUGUGGGGUGUGUUUUACUCCCAUAGCAUUGCUCAACAGUGUACUUAACCUGCCUGUAAUAGAGUGUGGCCUUCCAGGCAUAAAAAGUAGUAACAAUUACAUCCAUGUCAUUAAUCAAGUUGGUGGAUUUGCAUAAACCCUGUGGGUUAUAUGUCACCCUUUAAUUUAAAGUAAAGCUAUGAAAAAUAAAUCUGAAGCGCUGGAGUAUGUCUAUUACUAUAGGUUCCUUACUCAUUUGAAUUAUGUGGGUAAGUAGUGAGAUUCUGAGCUGAUAUUUCAAAUGUGGAGACAUACUUCCAGUAUGUUCUACUGCUUAACUUUGUAUUAGAUUUAGCAAUGUUUUCCCCAUUGUUUUGUGCUGAAUAUCUUUAAGUUGUUGGCUUGUUAUGUUUCUUUUGUAUUCAGUUUUGAUUGCAGAUUUAUCACAAACAGCUGUUGCUUAUUGGUAACUAAUCACGCCCUGUGCAGCACGGGGUCUGCAAUAGUGUGCAAGUAAUUAGGUACCAACAGAAGCUUUUCUAUAGUGCAGUUAAUAUAGAUAUGCAGAGAACUAAAAGAUCUUCAGCACUAGAAAAGGGGUUGCUUGUGCAAGUAAGUGGUAAGAGAUAACCCUUGGUUUUAACUCCAUUUAUAGUUAUGUAUAAAACACAGUAGCGGUCGCUAUAUUUCAAGCAUUGUAAUGCAAGUACCACAAGUACCAAAAAUGUUUUCCCAUAUUCUAAAAACCAUGCCCUCCAUGAUGGGAAAUUCCUUGGAUGAUGAAUCUGUGAUUGACGACACUGUAGCCAGUGCUUGUCAUCUAGCAGGUACCCCAGCUGUGCCCAGUAUUGUUGAUUAAUCAUCAAGAGUGUAUUGCAUGGGACCAAUGCCAACCCCAGUGCCUGUGCAGAUACAGACUGUGGUAGUGUACUAGAUAUGUGUUCUUGUUGGUGUGUUUUCUGUGUUUGCUUGUGCAUUUAUAGUCUGUCUCUGCCUGCCCUGUAUAGUUAUUGAUGCUCAACCUAGUAUUCACAGGGGCAAAGUGUAGUUGACUGGACUAGGCUUGUCUAUUGCCUUCACUGUAGACGAAGCAAUGGACUAGAAUAUAAGAAAAGCACCAGAAACAAGCCAAUGUAACUCUUUCUUUUGAGUGUUUGUCUUUCUGGUCUUAAUAGCAGAACACACAGGCAUGCAACCAAGUGUAAACUGCAAACAGCAAUAUAAUAAAAACAAGCCUUAUUUUAAAAACUAUUGGGAGGCCUUUUGAUCAAUAUUUUGCCAUCUUAUCUGUUUACAUCAAGAGUUAAAUAGAUGGACCGUGUUAGAUCCAGUACCUUUAAAUACGACCAGUCACGUUUCCCCACAUGGGUCCCACAACACUUUGACAUUCUUGUGUUUUAAUGUCAGUAUGUUAACAAUCACUCUGAUACAUGUGUUUAUAAGCCUGUUUAACUCCCCUUUUCUAAAACUUUGUUUUAGGUGAGAUCCACACAAAUGCUAUGUUGCACACUAGCUUUGCUGAUUAUCGUGCUUGUUCCGUGCUUAUUAUAUGCAUUCACAUUGAUUCACCAUGCUUAACCACACUUGCCUGUACUUUAUCAAGUUUUCACUGUUUUACUUCACUUAACUAUGUCUUGAAUGGUAUACUGCAGUACAACAAAUUGGUAUUAGGGAUGUUUUAGUAAAGAGAUGUAUUAUAUUAA